CCCAAAGCCACAAUUCUCAACUGUCACCUAAACUUGUAGCUAUGGCUAUGACUUUCUUGAGAGCGUCAUGCCUACCAACACUCUUUUUAAUAUUAUUAUCAUGUAACAUGAGAGCUUCAGAAGCUCAAACUCCGGCACCUGCGCCGGGUUUGUCGUAUACAUUCUACCGGACUACUUGUCCGCAGCUUGAAUCCAUCGUACGCACACAGCUUCAGACAGUUUUCAACUCCGACAUCGGCCAAGCUGCUGGUUUGCUCCGACUUCACUUCCAUGAUUGCUUCGUUCAAGGAUGUGAUGGUUCUGUGUUGCUUGACGGUUCUGCGAGCGGACCAAGCGAGAAGGAUGCACCGCCCAACUUGUCCUUGCGUGCACAAGCAUUUGUGAUCAUAGAAAAUCUUCGUAGACUCGUCCACAAUGCUUGCAACCGCACAGUCUCUUGUUCAGAUCUGACUGCCCUUGCUGCUCGUGAUGCUGUAUUUUUGUCGGGCGGUCCCAACUAUAGCAUACCAUUGGGCAGACGUGAUGGGACUACCUUUGCCACUAGAAACGCUACUCUAGCCAACCUUCCACCACCCACGGCUAACACGACCACAAUAUUAAAUUCCCUUUCCACGAAAGGGUUCACUCCCACUGAUGUUGUGGCCCUAUCUGGUGGUCACACCAUUGGGAUAGCCCAUUGCACUUCUUUCACCCCUCGGCUCUUCCCAACACGAGAUCCAACAAUGGACCAAACCUUUUUCAAUAAUCUAAGAUUAACAUGCCCAACAAAUGUAACCGACAACACAACUUUCAUGGACAUUCGGUCUCCAAAUGUGUUCGAUAAUAGGUAUUAUGUUGACCUCAUGAAUCGUCAAGGGCUUUUCACAUCAGAUCAAGACUUGUAUACGGAUAGUAGGACUCGAGGCAUCGUCACAAACUAUGCGAUAAACCAAACCUUGUUUUUCCGUGACUUUGUGAAUGCAAUGAUAAAGAUGGGGCAAUUGAGUGUAUUGACGGGCACACAAGGGCAAAUUCGUACAAAUUGCUCACGUGUAAACUCAAACAACCUGUUUAUAUUACCGGGCAUGGAAAACAAUGAAGACGAGAAGUUGGCAUCAUAUUAGGAGUGAUUUUGUGUUUACAAAUCUAUGUCCAAAUAAAAUGCAAGAUCACUUGCAAUAAUGUGGUUUUAUAAUGGUUGUAUACAUAUAAUGUUGUAACAUAUACUAUGAUUGUAAUAAUUAGCUUAUCUAUAAAUAGUGUGUUAUAUGUGUU